CACGGAUGGCAACAUGGCGACAGAGGUAGGACAACCUUCACGCGUGUCGUUCAGACAUAUUUCCCUUUUUCGAUCGUGCACGCGGACAUACUAGGUCAUGCGCGCGCGGCUCAGCUGCUGUGACGCUUUUUCAUUCUUUUUACUGUCUUCUUAUAGUCCCUUUAUUACACGGGGGUGGGGGGCGCAGCAGUGUGACAGGCUCGUGCCCGCUGUCCUCGUUCUUGCAGCUGUUGUGCUCGUGCGUUGCUCGUUAAUCCGCGAAGCCCUUUCAGCACCACAGACAGAGGCCACGCCUCGCGCCCGCGCAGACAGGACAAGGACUGGAGCAACAGCGUGCGCGUAUCAGCUUUCAUGUGUAUGGAUCUGUGGUUCUGUCCGGGACCCGCGGGUCGAUGCCGGCCUGUCUGCUCCUGGGGGAGGGGGGAGCUUCUCAUCAGUUCUCUGUCCCCCCCAUCAGUUCCAUAACCUGCAGGAGCUGAGGCGCAGCGCUUCCCUGGCUAACAAAGUCUUCAUCCAGAGGGACUACAGUGAAGGGACAGCCUGCAGGUUCCAGACCAAGUUCCCCUCUGAGCUGGAGAGCAGGAUCGAGCGGACGCUGUUCGAGGACACCGUGAAGACGCUGAACACCUUCUACGCAGAGGCAGAGAAAAUUGGGGGGCAGUCGUACCUGGAGGGCUGCCUGGCCUGCGCCACGGCGUACCUCAUCUUCCUCUGCAUGGAAACCCGAUAUGAGAAGGUGCUGAAGAAGAUAGCCAAAUACAUUCAGGAGCAGAAUGAGAAGAUCUACGCCCCCAGAGGUCUGCUCAUCACCGACCCCAUAGAGAGAGGCAUGCGGGUGAUUGAGGUUUCCAUCUAUGAGGACCGAGGCUCCAGCGGCUCCAGCUCUGGCAGCAGCUCAGUGUCUGGCAGCACGGCCCGGUGAGCAGGGGCCCCCCGGGAUAGGCCAUCAAUCAGCCCCCCCCCCCAAGCUGUGUAUGCGUGUGGAGGGGGCCCAACACUCAUCAGUUACAUGAACUCAUCAUCUUCUUUUUUACAUUUCAAAGUUCGGUGUGCUGCAGACCCUGCAGGAGGGCUUUUUCCAGAAAAGACGGAAGGUUUUUAAAAGUCUCUCUCACUCUGAGACACGCAGUCAAAAUGCCCACGCACUGGUUUGUGUUGCCUUUGGUUUUCCUCCUAUCCUUGGUCCGUAGAAAGUCCCCCUGCAUUCACAGUUCAUUUGGUUCAGUUGAACUUUUACACAUGCCAAACCAGGAGGACCAUCUGAGGAAACCAGCUCUAGUGUAGACGAGGAUCAAAGCAGGAUUAGACCUGGACCUGACCUUCCCGAGAACAUGCUCCUUAAGCUACCUACGCUCCGGCAUGUGUGGCAGAUGUAACCCUUGUGCUAUCCUAGGCACUUUAACAUUGGGAGUUGGGUCAUCUAGACCCACUAGACAGUGCUCUGAACCUUUUUUCUUCAAUGAUUUGUGAUCUUCACUGGUGUCCAUGGAUUACAUGAAAUCUUUCCACCUUUGUCAUGGUAGGGAGAACACGUCAAAGUAAGGGUGGGGUCAUCCAAAAUAGCACAAGGGUCAAGAAAGUGCUAAAUGGGCACUCUUGAAGGGGCUUUUAGCAUAUGGUGUACAAACAGGUCGGUCACUGCCCUAUUCUAGUGCAUGUUCUCUCAGUUGGAAGAGGCUUGUUGCAAAAUUGUGAAGUGGUGCAAAUCUCACAAAUCAUACUCCAGACUUUUUCUUUCCCAGCUCUUUUUUGACAUAUGAAACACAUGGUGUCAUAUAAUUAACUUUGGGCACAAACUGCAAUUAUUAACCUCUCCCUUAUGAUUGAUUUUUGUGUUUUGACCCUGAAAAUGGACUUAAAAACUCCCGUAUGUAUGUAUGAACGUGAGAGAUUUGGACGCGGGAGCCGGAAACUGGCGCAUGCACGUGUUUACAUGGACUUUUCAUUGGAAGCAGUUUCUCAAACGUGUGUUUCCGAGCCCGGUGUGAAUGUUGCAAUACACACAACAGAAACAUGAGCGCUUAGUUUGAAACUUUAAAGCAGGCCUAAACAUUUACAUGUUUUGGGCCUUUGCCAACAUUUGUCAUUAAAUGUUUUUAGAGUCUCACUAGUGAAGACUCUGUCAUCUCAGGACUUGCAUGGAAAUCCAUUAAUCAAGAUCUCAGAUUUUCUAAGAUUGGUUUGUUGACCCUUGUUGAGGUUUCGCUGCAUGAAGCAGAAGAUAAACAGAAGCUUUAUCUGCAGCUUUGUUGUGCACGCUCAGCUGUCUUCUAUACCAGGAGAAGAUGGAGCUGCGUGAAGAGCAUGUCCACAUGUGUGUUGAGGCAGACGGCUGCAGUUCCUCUGGUAUGAGUGAAACAAGGACUUAAGAAAACAUCCCAACUUUUCUGAGACUGUCUGCAGGACCACCGGUCUGUUCUAAACAAACAGCAGCUCUGCAGCACACAGCAGACACUGAGACACAGAACCAUUCUCCUCUUCAUCACUUGAACUUCAUAAAAUCUGAUGAGCAGAGUCUGUUUCCACCCUCAGCUGAAGGUCAGCAGAUGAACUGUCAUGCUCUCUCCUUUAUGAUGUAGCACAUUUUUCUCAUUUCUAUGAUCCACACUGGAACCUGAGCUUCUGUGACUAAUAUGCAAAGAAUUACUGAUCUUUUUUUGGGGAGGUGGGGUUGUCUUCCUGAAUCCAGACUGUAGUUUCAAAUAAAGAGCAACAUGUUCAAAAAUGA